GCCGGGCAGAGGCUGCGCCGCCGGGGGAGGGCGAGGCUGCCCGCAGCACCAUGGAGAGCGGCGCCGAGGGGCGCCUGGACGCCGCCGCCUUCCUCGGUGCCUGGCGGCGCUUCGACGCCGACGACAAUGGUUACAUAGAAGGGAAGGAACUUGACGAUUUUUUUCAUCAUCUCCUGGAGAAACUGGGACCAGAAAGCACCAUCACAGAAGAAGAAGUUCAGAGGAUGAAGGAGCAAUUCAUGUCUGUCUACGAUGUCACCACAGAUGGACACUUGCAAAUCCAGGAGCUUGCAAAUAUGAUCUUGCCGGAUGACGAGAACUUCCUACUGCUUUUCCGACGGGAAACUCCCUUGGACAACAGCGUGGAAUUCAUGCGGAUCUGGCGCAGUUACGAUGCUGACAGCAGUGGAUUUAUUUCAGCUGGUGAACUCAAAGAUUUCCUGCGAGAUCUCUUUUUGCAGCAUAACAAGAUCGUUGCUGAAGUAAAGCUGGAAGAAUAUACUGAUACUAUGAUGAAAAUCUUUGACAAAAACAAAGAUGGACGGCUGGACCUGAAUGACCUGGCAAGGAUUCUGGCGCUCCAGGAAAAUUUCCUUCUACAAUUUAAAAUGGAUGCUUGCAGCACAGAAGAAAGGAGGAGAGAUUUUGAGAAGAUCUUUGCACACUAUGACGUUAGUAAAACAGGAGCACUUGAAGGCCCAGAAGUGGAUGGGUUUGUCAAAGACAUGAUGGAACUGGUCAAGCCCAGCAUUAGCGGGGUGGACCUGGACAAGUUCCGCCAGAUCCUGCUCAACCACUGUGAUGUGAACAAGGAUGGGAAAAUUCAGAAAUCCGAACUAGCUUUGUGUCUCGGGCUGAAAAUUAACCCAUAGCUGGGAAAAUGCUUGUGGUUGUGUUUCCCUUGAAGGAUUUGCCUGCUGCUCCUCGUAGAAGUGUGUCUGUGCUGCUGUAGGAGCGGUGGGGAGCUGAGGCACCGUGCUGCCAGGCUGGAGAGCGGGAUUUGCACGGGGGCAUCCUCGCUCCACCAACUCCUCUGUGGUGUUCAUUUGCUGCUGCCACUUGUUUGUCCCCUUAGCAACAUCUCCACCCACCAGCAGAACAGCAACCUCAGAAAAGAGGUUGCUGUUCUUCUGCCCUCAUGCCCUCCAAAACAUCCCCUCAGUGCUCUCAGAGUGCAGCUACUAGGUAUUUCUGAUGGUCACUUUAUAUGUGUGAAGUCAUUACUUUGGUGAACAUUGUGCUUUGUGCAUUUAAAAUAUUGGAUGGAUGACAGUGUAUUUGUGCAGAAAUAAAAUGGCAAUUACAGAAAUUCA